UCAGACAUCUCACCCCAACACUUUCACUUCACUGUGUGUGUGUGUGUGAGAGAGAGAGAGAAAGAGAGAGAGAGAGAGGCUGAUCUUUGAGGGCUAUGGAGUUGGAAUUUGUGCUCAAAUUCUCAGGGUCUGUGGUGGUGAUUGGCGUUGUGGGUUUGUUUCUGCAUUUGUACAAUGUUUUGGUACGGAAGCCUGAGAGGCUGAGGUCUGUGCUGAGGAAGCAAGGGAUCAGUGGGCCGCCCCCGCUGCCGCUGCUAGGGAACAUAUUGGAGAUCAAGAAGCUGAAGACGGCCGCCGCCGCCCCCCCCAUGUGCGGCCCUCCCGCCACCCACAACUGCGGUACCACCCUCUUUCCGUUCUUUGAGGAGUGGCAGAAGAAAUACGGCGAAGUGUUUAUGUUUGCAUUGGGGAACACACAAAUACUGCACGUAACACAGCCGGAUAUGGUACGAGAGAUAACCACAUGCACAUCUUUAGAGUUGGGGAAGCCUUUGUACCAAGCCCAAGAAAGAGGGUCUUUGUUGGGCCAAGGCAUCUUGACAUCCAAUGGCCCUUACUGGGCUCACCAAAGGAAAGUUAUUGCUCCUGAACUCUACAUGGACAAAGUCAAGGGGAUGAUGAACAUAAUCACAGAGUCCACAGUCACACUGAUCAACUCCUGGAAAAGCAGAAUAGAUGAGAGCAGGAGUGGAAUUGCUGACAUAAAAAUUGAUCAACACAUGAGAAGCUUUUCUGGAGAUGUAAUUUCAAAAGCCUGUUUUGGGAGCAAUUACUCCAAAGGAGAGGAGAUCUUCUUCAAGCUCAGAGCCCUCCAAGAAGCUGCCUCCAAGAGAAUUUUGGCCACUGGAAUUCCGGGAAUGAGACAUCUCCCCACCAAGAGCAACAGGGAGGCGUGGGCGUUGGAGAAGGACAUCCGAACGUUGAUUUUGAAUGUGGUGAAGGAGAGACAAGAAGCAGGAUACGAGAAGGAUUUAUUGCAAAUGCUUCUGGAGGGAGCCAAGAACAGCGAGUUGAGCUCAGACAUGCUCGACAAGUUCAUUGUAGACAACUGCAAGAACAUAUACUUGGCGGGGUACGAGACCACUGCUGUUUCGGCUACAUGGUGCCUCAUGCUUCUAGCCUCGAACCCCAAGUGGCAAGAACGCGUGCGAGCUGAGGUUCUUGAAGUUUGCAAAGGCCAAACCUUGGAUUAUGAUAUGAUCCGGAAGAUGAAACAACUGACUAUGGUGAUCAACGAGUCGUUGCGACUAUACCCUCCAGUGACAGUAGUGUCAAGGGAGGCCUUCAAGGACAUGAAAUUCGGCAACAUAGACGUGCCCAAGGGCAUGAACGUAUGGACCUACGUGUUGACAUCGCACACGGAUCCCGAGAUAUGGGGGCCGGACGCCUACGAGUUCAACCCCGAGAGGUUUGCAAGUGGGAUAACAGGCGCAUGCAAGUUCCCACACUUGUACAUGCCAUUUGGGGUUGGGCCAAGAGUCUGUCUGGGACAGAACUUGGCCUUGGUUGAACUCAAGGUGCUGAUUGCUCUCAUCCUAUCCAACUUCAGCUUCACCCUCUCCCCCUCCUAUAUCCACUCACCGGCGCUGAGUUUGGUCAUUGAACCGGGCAAUGGGGUUAACUUGAAUGUGAAAAAAUUGUAGACAUAUAUACAUAUAUAUAUAUAUAUAGAUGUACCUUGAGCUGAAAGAGAUACAAAUCAAGAAAGACAUGUAUGGUAGACAAGAUACACAUUGUUUCGUACUCUUUGUUAUUGUUGUUGAAUUUUUGGUAUUAUGUCUUUUUUGUGUUUUAUGUUUCUUGGACAAACAGUGUUGUAUUCUUGGAGAAUAUGAAGGAAGAGAUGAGAAUUGUUAUUGCCAUAUUUCUA